CAUGAAAAACCUUCUUUCCCUCUUCUCUUCUCUUCUCUACACUGCACCGGACCUUCACCUCCAACUCUUUCGCUAUGGCUAUGGCUUCUGCAGACAUCAGAGACAUUUUAACAACUUUCAAUCCUUCCCUCGAUUACUUCGCCAUAACCACCGGUGACGGCCGCAUUAAGAUAUGGGACACACUGAAGGGUCAAGUUCAAACCGAGUUCGCAGAUAUUUCUGCAACUCACGAAACUUCUAUACUUGAUAAAUCAACUAAAGGUCAUCUUUCAGUUGAUUACACUUGCAUCAAAUGGUUAUCGUUUGAAAGAAAGAGGAAAAGGAAACAUUCUUCCUCUUUGUUGGUGCUUGGAACUGGUAGUGGUGAUGUUUUAGCACUCGACGUUUCUGCCGGUGAAUUGGCUUGGAAAAUCAAUGAUUGUCAUCCUGGAGGUGUCCGAGCUAUUUCGUCUUUGGCAAAUGGAUCAAGCUUUUAUACUGCAGGUGCUGAUGGGAUGAUAUGCAUGAUAGAUUUCACGACAGGAAAAGUAUUGGAAAAGUUUAAAGGUUCUUCAAAGGCAGUAUCUUGUAUAUCAGUUUCUCCGGAUGGGAAGAAGUUAGCUACUGCAGCAGCACAAUUGAAGAUUUUUAACUGUCCUAAUCACAAAAAGAUUCAAAAAUGCUCCGGUCAUCCUGGAUCAGUCCGGUGUAUGGUCUUCACUGAAGAUGGCAAGUAUAUCCUCUCUUCUGCUGGUGGUGAAAGAUAUGUAGCUGUUUGGAGGAUAGACGGCGCUAAAAAGCAGUCAGCUAGCUGUGUUCUUGCAAUGGAGCAACCUGCUGUCUUUCUUGAUAGCAGGUGCAUUGAUAAAGGACAGCAUGAUGAUGCUGGCAUAUGUGUUUUGGCCGUAUCAGAAGUUGGUCUUUGUUAUUUAUGGUUUGGAAAUAGUAUUGAAGAACUACGAAAUGCAAAACCCACAAAAAUAUCAUUAUCUUUGGAAGACAUGUCUACCAAAAAUUAUAAGGGUGCAGUUCCUGCAAUAUAUGCUGCAAAGUUACAAAGCACCCAGAAGCCGGCUUCUGGGCAAGUUUUUCUUGUUUCUGGGAUGCUUAUAAAACCAUCAUUUCAAAAUAUUCAAGUGCAUUCCGGUACAGAUGUAAAGUUGAGUGUCUCCCGUGAUGGUGUUCUUCUUCCAACAAGUCGAUCUCUUGUCAAAUCUAAGAAGAAGACAGAUGUGCAGAGAAUAACUGCACUAGACCGUGCCAAUGCCGAGGAUGCCUUGCUUCCAAUUCCUAAACUUUUUGAUUCUCACGAGAAAGAAGCAUUUCAAGAAUCUCUGGACAAGGAAGUAACAGAUGAUUUGCUUACAAGGGGUAAAGCUGAUUCUAUGGAGAUAGAUGAUGCUAUGGUCCAAAGUGAGACUGAUGUAAUUUGCAUGGAGGACCGGAUGAGAUCGCUAGGAUUGCUUUAUAGUGAGAGUGAUUGUGCAUCACACUUUGAACUCUGUUCUACAUUGUUAAAGGGUAAGGGUAUUGAGCUGGAAGCUACUCUUCCGAAGAGAAAGGUAAAAGCAAUUGUUUUGUCUAUGGAACCAAGCGAAGCAUUCAAGCUACUGGAAGUGUUGCUGGAUACAUGGCAAUCAAGGUCGUCUAGCAGAGAGUAUGUGCUUCCAUGGAUCCAUAGCAUAUUAGUUAAUCAUGGUCAUAAUGUUGCUGAAGAGUCCAUAACACGUAUGCUUGAUUCUGUAUACCAGAUUACAAAUUCAAGAGGGGCAACUCUUCAGCCAUUGUUACAAUUAUCUGGUCGUCUACAACUGGUGACAUCACAGAUUGACAAGGCUUCUCAGAAAAUAAGCUAUUCGCUGCAUGAUCUCCAAACAGAAGAAAUUGAAGACGAGGAUGAAUUGUAUCACGAGAAAGAAGAUGAUGAAGAUGAUGAAGAAGAUGAUGCAUCUGAAAUAAGUACUGACGAUGAAAACUAGUCUGCCUUUUAAUGAAAGGUUGCGAGUUCCCAAUUGUCCUGUUUGCGGCCGACAAAGAUUUGGAGGAACAGAUACUGGAUUUCAACCAGUUUUUUGUCCACAAUUUUGCUGCUAUAUAGAUAGAUAGGUUCUCAAAAAGAAAUUUUGGUGCUAUUUAGAUUUGAAAAUAUUGAUGGUCUCUAGAUUAUGUAAUUUGAGAUUUUUACUGAUAAGCAGUAAUACAUAAUUAUUCUUGUCUGUUUUGUUGUAGUUUUUGUUA